AUGAUAGGAAAGGAAGGAAUGAAUUGUAGUAACAUUAAUCUACGUCGAUCAGUUGCACUCUGGUUUUUGCUGCUCUACAUUCUAGUAGGUGUACCAUUAUGGUAUAAAAUAACCACAAUUUACAGAGCACCACUACCUGAAAAGUAUAUUAAAGAUCUAAAAGACCAGCCGAAUUAUGAUAUUAAUAUGGUAAUACCGGUAUACAUUAAAUCUAAUAGUUAUAAGUUCCCAGACUUACAUGAUGCUGUGCAAUUGCAAGUUAACCACCUGUUAAAUUCCAUAGAUAAAAAGGUCAAUUGGGCGUUACACGUGCUCCCAUACCCUGAAGACAAUUCUAUCAGCCCAGAAAACAACUAUAUUGUUCAUCUUGUUAGCGAUGAUAUCUUAAGCUUUUCUGCACCUUAUAAUAGCAGAGAGGGUACUGUAUUCCAUGAUGAUCAGUCGGUUUUGGAAAAUAACAUCCCAUUUUACAUUGCACAGGUCUUUAUCGACCAUAUAUUCCUGCUUGAACGUACAAGACUGAAUAAAAACUACAACCCAUCAUCGCACGUUGCAGGUAUCAAAAAUUUGGCCAUUGACUAUAACCCAGAUGUUCAUUUGUCUAUUAGCUUGUUAUCGGGGGAUGGAAACCCUGUAUCAUGGGAUGUUGAGACCGUGGCAAACAAGUACCUCGCUCCAUUGAGAGAAUUUUUGUCUCCUCUAGUGAACUUCACUGUUGAUACUGAUAUUGUGUACUUCAAUGACCUGCACUUACACCAAUUAAAGGACCGUGAAUCAUUAACGUGGAACGAUCUUGCCCACACAAUGGAUCUCUCAGAAUUAUCAUCCGGCAAUUACUAUAAUGAGCAGAGCUCGCUACACCUGUCAAUUGUGUUUCCAUCACAUUCAACUGGCGAAUUAAAGUUUAUCAAUUCCACCAAACACUGGCAGUCAUAUUUAGUUCCACAGUGGGGUACUAUUAUCAUUAACGAUAAACCACUGCCACCUAAUGCACACGUUACUUCAAACUAUUUGACUCCAAUUAUGCAUAAGUUUGCCCGCGAACUAUUUCUAUUACUGGGUAUUACUGAUGGAUCUGAGGUGCUCAAUAGCCCCAUUGUGAUCAUGGAUUCCUUCAAACGUUUAACCAUUUUGAAUAAUUUGGAGAAGAGCGUCGAAACGCUAUGGUCCUUAGUUAAAAUGACAAGCCACCUGCCUCAAAUGACAAUUCCAAAAGAAGUUGCGCAAAAUGUUCAUGAAGCAUUGGAGCUACGUCUCCAAAUUGUUGAAAUGUUAAACAAUCCAAUUAAGCAGGACCCAGUAGCAGUGUGGGAUGACGCUUUAGCCAAAAGUAACCGCUUGUUCUACCUAUGUGAAAAAGCCUUUUUCCACAAAGAGAUGGUUCAACAAAACUUCCUACCACAAGAGCAUAAGAUAGCUGUCUACUUGCCAUUAUUAGGUCCUAUUACAAUUGUUACUAUUGCUGGUUUCUUCAAAUCUAUGAAAGAAAAGGAGUUACCAGAAAAAGAGAAAGAAGAAACAGAGUGA